CUCAACUACAACAGCUAUUCUGUUUUAUUGACAGUUAAGAUAGAAGAUGCCUCAGAAGAGGAUUGUGUUUUGUUACUCUCUAAUCCGUUUCGAUCGUUUCAGCGAUGCAUGGGAGACGGAGUUGAUGAGUGUGGCCCAUGAAAUGGACACACGGGCGCGAUCACUGGAGCUUUACUCUCGAUUGAGGUGUUUUCCGGAGUCUGAAUCAAGCACAGCAUCAGACCGUUCCGCCAGUCAACAGUUCUCAAGUAGACGAAGGGAAGAGCAGAAAUUUUUUUCAGAGCGAGUGCGUUGGGUGAGAGAGUUGUCGGCAUGGUGGCUGGAUGUCAGGGAAAAGGAGAGGGAAGCAGCGGCCUGCAGGCUUGCUAAUCGGACGAGAGCUCUGGCUUCUUUAGGAACGCAUGCGCAGAUGGCGUUCUCGACAACGUUGCGAGCAAGCGCUGCCUGGAUUAUGUUUUGCCAUUCCAGGCAUGAUAAAACGGCGUUGCCAUUGCCAGACAAUAUCAAAGAUACCGCAUGCGUGGAAACAUAUUCAGACGGCACGUUCGUCGAUGUUGGUUUUCUUGACGAGUUUCGGGGCCUCCUGCGUGCUAUCUCUGCAUUCGACCUUGGCGAUAGGACGAUGCAAUUGCGCGACCCUGGUGGUGCAGCCAAGAAGUAUGAUCAUAGUGAUCAAUCGGGUCGAAGCAUAGCCAACCUCUUCCGCGACUUCUGUUGGAGCCUAGAGGUGAGUCGUCGCGCAAAUCUAGUGCGCGAAGAGGAGGAACACUCUGGUGUGACCAAAUUUGACGUUUUUGUCGACAAUACAAAUUCAGUCCAAAAGGCUGAAGCUGGUGGCGGUGCUGUGGAAUCAUCACAACGCAAGGUGCAGUACGCGCGACGAAUCGCUGAUCUCAGGGGUGCAGCUUUCGGCGUAAAGAAGGAAGGACCUACUUUGCCCGAUGCGGCGGCUGCAAGGAGUAGUGAGAUCAAUGGCAAUAAGUCAGCAAGAGACGGCGAUAGCGCUUCCCCGACAGCAACAAACAGAAACCAAGCGUUGGAGCAGAAAAAGGCGGCUGCAAGAGACGAAAUCACAGCUAAGAGGCCGUCGUCUCCCCUGCCUGCCUCCGCAGGAGAAGCAGUGAGUCACUUCUUACUUGGUAAGAUGAGGAUAUUUGAUGUUACUUCGCUGUCAAACAGGACACUGAGAGAUGACAUUGAGUUGUUUGGUCUUUACCAGAGUGUAAAUUUGAACCAAUAGAUACUUGGACCACGCUCUGAACCAAG